ACUUAUUCCACCUCUGAAUCAGCUGGACCUGCUGCGGAAUCUGAAGGGCAAGUCAUUCAGGAAGGAGUCUCAAACAGAAACUUCCCCCAGGUCUGUGAUCUGAUAGGUUUUUAUCCCUCUUCACCUCCCUUUGGCUUCACUCCAAAUCUGCUCUUAGCUGCUGCUGAGGCACUCUUCUUGGGGGAGUGUGUGUACAGUAUAUCUGUGUGUGUGUGUGCGUGUGUGUGUGUGUGUGUGUGUGUGUGUGUGUGCGUGUGUGUAUGUGUUUGGGGUUAUUGUCAAGUCCUGCGUGUCAGACAUGGAUGUGGCUGUCUGUUAAGCGCCUCCUUCAAGAACGGUCAUGCUGCAUUUGCUCACAUGGUGCUCAAAGAUCAGCUCACUUUGGCUUCACUCCCACUUUCUUAAAUGAUCACCAAUAAGCUGUUCUUUGAUACUCUGGCUUUCAGCAUCGCCUUGGGAUAAAAAAAAAAAAAAAGUGAUUUUGAACACUUUAAGAGCCUUGCUUGAUUUUGAUCACACUGUUUUUGACAAAAGAAACAAGUGUAAUUAUUGACAAUGUCGUAACACUUUAUCAUGACUUUGUUCUUUAUAAGCAUUUGCAUAUUUUGUGCUUAACUUACAAAAAAAGUCAGCUUCAAAACAUAAUUAGAAAGCCACUAGUAGACAUUUAAAUUAAUUCCACAUGUGGAAAAUUAACAGACAUUCAUCUAUUUAUAAGUGUUAAUUCAUGAUAUAAAACAGUUGCAAAUGAAUUAUAAAUUAUUGUUACAAUAAAGUGUUACUGGCAUCACAGUAUGACACACACUGCUGUUAUUGUGACUGUAUCCACUGCUACUAUAUCUUUUUGUGUCUCCUCUACUGCCCGCCACUCCAGUAAUGAAAAUGCACACAAAGACAGACUUUGCGGGUGCUGUCCGAGAGCUAUUAGUCGAAAGGCCAGCCUGAAGGACAAGGUGUUCCCCAGUCCUUCCAAGGCCCCGGUGGCCAAGGGGAAAGCUCAGUCUCCAGGGGCAGAUGAUGGGGCCGAGGCGAGUCCCAGCAAAGUCGCCAAGAGCUGGAGCUUCACUGAGAAGAACCGAGGGCCAAAGACCGCCUUCAGGGUCCGGGGCAGCACCUCACGCCAAAACUCAGAGGUGCUGAUUGAAAUGCAGGAUGAAGACACUGGACUGAAGAGUUCUCCAGCAAUUGAAGGUUUAAUAAAGGCGAGCCUCCCAGGAGAGGAAAUUGGUGAUGAUAAGAGCUGCCACUGUGAGUUUCUCACUCAAGAAUUACCACCAGGCUUGAGGGUUACAAUAAGGGCAAUCUGCAUCAUGAAGUUUCUGGUGUCAAAGCGGAGGUUCAAAGAGAGCUUGCGGCCUUAUGAUGUCAUGGAUGUGAUUGAGCAGUACUCUGCAGGUCACCUGGACAUGCUGUCUCGCAUUAAGAACCUGCAGUCCAGAGUUGACCAGAUAGUUGGUAAAGGUCCUAAAGCUGAAGGGGAGGUUGCAGAUGACCCAAGCAUGAUGGGACGUCUGGUCAAAGUGGAGAAGCAGGUGGUCUGUAUGGACAGGAAACUUGAUUUCCUGGUCAAUGUGUAUGUGCAGCGUAUGGGCAUCCCUCGUUCGGAAACAGAGGCCUUUUUCAACUCCAAAGAGCCGUAUCCCGCCCCGCCUUACCACAGCCCGGAGGAGAGCAAGCAGGAGAAGGAGGGUAAAGAAGAGGUGAAGGAGGAAAAGGAGAUUCAGACAUGCUCAGCUGCAGAUGUCCCGUGCUCUGAUGGGUCUUUAGAAAAAAAAGAUCCUUUACUGGGUCGCUCUGUGGCGAGAUCAGUGGGUACUCCUUCUGGAAGUCACAGUCGUCCCUCUACCUCCUGGCAGCACCAGCUGCAGCACCCACUCAGCCAGCCUGCCUGGAACAGCAGUGUGGCCAACACACCUUCACCGGUCGGUGGCAACGGCGAUCAUUCGCCCACCCUGUUCCGCCUUCCGCCUCCACCUGCUCCAGUUCACGACCGAUCCUCCUCUGGCCAGGGUGGCAGCGGCAGAGAUAGCUCCCAGAGCAGGAGGCGCCACAGGAGGCAGAGGUGUCAGCAGGAUGCCACCGCCGUGGAGAGCGACACAUCUCUAUCCAUCCCGUCUGUUGACCAUGAGGAGCUGGAGCGCUCCUUUAGCGGCUUCAGCAUCUCCCAGGCCAAGGAGGACUUCUUUGGGCCUUCUUUCUUUACAGGCUCAGGAGGGGUUGCUGGAGCAGGGACUGAGGCCGCAGCUGGACAUUCCCUCUGUGCUAGGGUCAGACCCUUCAUAGCAGAGGGAGAAUCAGACACAGACUCUGACCUCUACGCUCCCUCUCCUCUGUCCUUCACUGGAGAGGUUGCAUCGGGAGACAGGGCAUGGCCAGGACUGAAGUAGGCCUGGAGGGACUGCUCCGCCUGUCAGAGAGGCUCGUGGUGAAAGAGAUCGGUGCUUCAAUUGGCAUCAGGAGACCUAUCAUGAGACUUUGUAGCCAACUGACUGACUGUUGCUGCUGAUGAUGUUAUUACAAACUAUUUUAGGUUAAGUGAAUGGUUAUGAUUAGCAGUUUAUUACUGAAGAUGGAAAAUGUCCUAAUGAAAACAAAGGGGUGUUACUUUUUGUUUGUGAUGUAACACUUUACAAGCAGUGCUUAAUACCAGUUGCAUUGCAUCCAUUAAGAUCUUGUUUAAACAGAAAAAUAGAUGUUUAGGGGCAUUUCUUUGAAGAGACAGUAUACGCCAAAAUAAAAAAUAAAUAAAUAAAUAAAAAUACAUAUUUUUUCUCUUACCCAUAGUGCUAUUUAUCAGUCUUGAGUGUUGGAGAUUUCGGCCGUACUGAUGUCUGCCUUCUCUUGAAUAUAAUGGAACUAGAUGGUACUUGGCUUGUGGCGCUCUAAGCCCCAAUGAAAAAAAAACGAAAGUAAGAAAAAGAAAAAAAAUGAAAAAACCAAUGCCUUUUCCAGAGAUCAUGAUGCGGUUACUGAAAAUAAUCCACAGACCUUUCAUGUAGGAACUAUUUCCUGUUUGCAGAACUACACCUGCCUAACAAUAUCACCACCAAGAAGGAAGUGUGCAUCUACUCAUGGACGAGAGGCUCGUGGUCAUGGCAGUGUGAGAUGUAAACA